AUGUCUACAAAUAGAGAGACUAUUCUCUCUAACCCUGGGAUCUAUUCGUUGCCACCUCCAGGGGACCCGAAAUAUCAUCCCCUUCAUCUCUUUACACCCACCAACCUUCCGUACGAUGCUCGGGCCGACCCCAUCUUUCGCCUCCCAACUCCCCAGGUUCUCCCCCCUCUCCCUCUAAUUACUAACCAAGACAUGUACCUUCGUGUCUUCCGCCUUUAUGAUUUUCAUAUGGAAGGCCAAGACCGACACCAACUUCAAGCUUGGGGUGAUGAGCUUUACGAGUGGAUGAUUCAAACCACCCUUUAUAACAACUAUGGAAUGGUAGUCCGAAGGGAAUUCAAUCACUACUACGAAGAGAUCUUGAUAGAGAACUUGAUGAAUACCGACCAAACUAGUUACUUCGCAACCCUCUACGAUUUCGACAGUCGUAUGCGCCGUCAUAACCCCACUCUCACCAGCGUCGAGAUUAAACGGUAUCUCCCAGAUACUUUCUAUGCCUAUAUUGGAGCUGUCGAAAUGACUCGCGGGAAGGGAGUCGUGUUGAAGUGGCUCCGAGAUUUAAUAAAGCCAAUCCUUGAAUACCGAGUUGAGGACCUCACCAAAAAUUGGUCCGCCAAGACCCUCAAUAGGGCUUCGAACGACUGGGACGGAAAUCGUAUCCACGGCGACUUCAAGAUUAAAGAAAAAACAUACGAGAUUGCAGACUUCGAGUGGAUGAGUCAUUAUUGGGCGGUAUGGGGGAGGACUGCCGCAGAGGUUAUGGACGGGAUGUUGAAGAAUAUGCGACGUCAUCUGAGGGCCUACGCAGGGCCUUCCCGUAGUCCUGACGAACCCACAAUGAUUUGUGACCCUAAGUGGCAUCCGUACGGAAAGGUUUGGUCUUUCCUGAUCCGCUUUUCGUCCAGCCCAGGUGAACACUACAUCGGAGUACAUCAAAUCCGAAGGAUAGCUGAGUGGCUUGCAGUUCGGAACGCUAUUAAUCAGCUGCCUGUGCCCAAAUCCAAAAUGUUUUCACACGCCACUUGGUUCUAG